GCUUUCAAAUGACGACAAUCCACCCGUCCAAACUAUCAUCGUUCCCCCCCCAAAUUCACAACGGCUGAUUAGCGCAUUAUCGAUCGGAUGAACUUCGAUCAUCCAAUAAGAGAUUCCAGCAUUCCGAUAUAAAUAUUUAUACUGGUUCCUUUUGACUUCUGCACGAAUUGUGUCGUCAAUGGGUAAACGAAUUAAGACAAGCUUUUUUGAUUGAUAACGGCAAACAGCUAGUCGAGAGAGUAUAAAAACUGAGCCACGCUUGGUACUCGAUGUCAAGCUCCUCGAGACACACAGCGGAAGAACAACGCAAAACGAUGGCAAUAGUCAAGCUUCUUUUGGCCUCGGCCGUUUUGGUGGCUGGUCUGCAGGUGAUCUACGGUCACGGUAUGGUCAUGGACCCCGUGAACAGGUCGAGUGCCUGGAAGAAGGGAUUCAAGACGCCAGUCAACUACGACGACAACGAGAUCUACUGCGGUGGUAUCAGUGUACAACACGAGCAAAACGGUGGCAAAUGCGGCGUCUGCGGUGACAACUACGCCCUGAACCGACCAAGACCGAACGAGAACGGCGGAGAGUACGGAACUGGCACCAUCGUCGAGACCUACAAGUCCGGCCAGAAGUUCACCGCGACUGUCUACAUCGACGCCAACCACCUGGGCUACUUCCGCUUCUCCGUCUGCCCGCUAUCCAGGCCCGACGAGCUCGAGACCGAGGAGUGCUUCGACAAGCACCCCCUCAAGCUUGCCGACGGCUCGGAUCAGUUCCAACUGAAGGCUGGAGUCACCGGAGACGUGAACAUCGAUCUCGUUCUCCCCGAGGGUCUGACCUGCGAGCACUGCGUGUUCAGAUGGCACUGGAAAGUCGCCAACAACUGGGGCCAGUGCGGAGGUGGCCGGGAAGGCAUGGGCUGCGGACCCCAAGAGCACUGGAGAACCUGCUCGGACAUCGCCAUCGAGUAGGCUCUGAACUUUUAACUGUUUCGUUGUUGAUUUUUUAAUAAACUUUUUGUUACCGAAAA